AUUGUAGCAGACAAAGGAAGAAAAAGGUUCGAAGUGAAAAAAAGAACACACACACACACACACACACACAUCGAUCUCCUCUCCCCCCCUCCACCAUGGGAGCGGGGUGGUGGUGGAGGUGGUGGGUGGUGGCGAUGGUGGUGGUAGUGGUGGAGUGCCUGAGCUACAUACCUUGGUCAGAGUGUAAGGUGGAUGCAGACUGCCGGGGGAAGGGCUGGCCAGGGUUGUGCAGCCCCGGUUUCCCCUGCCUGUGUGUUCAGCUGAGAAGCGGCGGGGUGGAGAGGAAGUGUAUGCUGGAGCGGGGGCUCGGGGAGUACUGCAAGUGGGAUGGCCAGUGUCUUCCCCAUAGCGAGAAGAUGAUCUGUCUUAAUAGAAGAUGCGUCAAGGCGGAGGAAGCGACCAGAAGAGAAGGGGGAGACUCAUCCCUCCUAACAACCCCCCUCACCCCCUCCCAGGAUCAAUAUGGGCCCUCCACCUCCGGCAUCGUGGGCUCAGGGGUCACAGUGGCUAUCGUGGUCUUUUUCAUAUUCAUCAUAGUCUCAGCGUCCACCCGCCGCCACACGCCCACCCGCCGCCCUUUACCCCCGCCCCCCCUCCGCCCUUUACCCCCGCCCCCCCUCCGCCCUUUACCCCCGCCCCCGUUACCCCUCCCCUCCCAAUCCUCCGAACCCCCCCGGGAGAGAAGAGGGGUCAUGCGGGAGCCAUCUGACCCCCCUCCCCCAUACGUCGCCCUCCCCCCACCCUCCUACGAGCAGACCAUGGCGGGGGAGGGGUACAGGCACAGCUUCGAUGGGGGAGAGAGGGGGAGUUUCGGGGUGGGGAAGGGAGGAGAGGAGGGGUACGGUGACCUCCCCUCCGCCCCUCUCAUUGCCUCCACCUCCAUGAUGCAACUCCCCCCACUCCCCCCCACCACCACCAGCCCCUCCGCACCCCCUCUUUCCCCCAGCUCACCCCCAUUGAUAUCUAAAGAGUAAUUCCCCUCCUUACCCCUCCCUCUCUUCCCUUUCUUUACCUUCCCUUCCUUCUCCUCUCCAAGAUCUUGCUUCUCUCUUCCCUUGCGCUGCUUCCCCCUACGACCUGGGACCAACUUGACAUCACCGACAAUACAAUCGACAACGCGUGGAACGUCUUCAAAGAUUAGCUGUUGCAGGUAGAGAAGGCUACAGUGCCUACGAAAUCCAGGCGAGUAAAUGGGGCCGUAGAUCCACCGUGGAUGACCAGAGAAAUAAAAAGGGCAGUAAACCUAAAAAAAAAAGGAAUUAUAAUUUGAUGAAAGAGAAUGCUACGGCCGAAGCCAGCACACAGUACCACAACAGCCUCAGAGCUUGUCGCAGCCUUAUUCGGAGUAGCAAACGCAACUAUGAAAAGCAAAUAGCGCCCGAAAUCAAAACUAACUCCAAGAAAUUCUUCACGUACAUAAGAUCGAAAAAGAAAGUAAAAUCCAAUAUUGGUCCCCUGACAGACGAGACUGGAUCUGUAACUCAGGACAGUAAACAGAUGGCCAGAAUCCUCAACAGUAACUUCGCAUCCGUAUUCACAGUCGAGGACGUCGAAACCAUUCCCGAGGGCCCUGACCCGCCGAGUGAGAUCACGCCCCUGGAAAUUGACUCAAUAUGCGACCAAGAAGUAAAAAAGUACUUGGACAAACUCGACACGAACAAGUCAACGGGACCCGACAGUUUGUCCCCGCGGUUAUUAAAAGAGCUUAAACAACAAAUACUUCAACCACUCACUAACAUAUUCAACCGGUCAGUUCAACUGAAAAAGGUCCCGGAAGACUGGAAGAUGGCGAACGUAACACCGAUUUUCAAAAAAGGAGACAAAAGCGUUGCAUUAAACUACAGGUCCAUAAGUUUGACAUCAGUGGCAGGAAAAAUACUCGAAAAGAUUAUUAGAGAUAAACUUGUUAAGCUUCUAGAAAACAAUAAUAUAAUCUCCGACACCUAGCAUGGCUUCAGAAACAAGCGCUCCUGCCUAACAAAUUUAUUAGACUUCUUCCAAGGUAUAUAUAAGAACUGGGAUGCCCACAUCCCCAGUGAUGUUAUAUACCUGGACUUUCAGAAAGCCUUCGACAAGGUACCGCACGAGCGACUCCUUAAGAAACUGCACUCGGCGGGCAUUAGAGCCAAUCUGAUCGCGUGGAUAAAAGAUUGGCUCACCGACAGAAAACAACGAGUACUAUUCAACGGACAGCCUUCCGAUUGGCUUCCAGUCACUAGUGGAGUGCCUCAAGGGUCAGUGCUGGGACCCAUCCUCUUUAUCAUAUAUAUCAAUGACCUAGAAUCAGGACUGAAAUCCACGAUAUCGAAAUUUGCAGAUGACACCAAGGUGGGUGGAGAGGCCCUCACAAAGACAGACUGCGAAAUCAUUCAGAAAGACCUCAAUCACAUUAUCGAAUGGUCGGAAAAAUGGCAUAUGUCUUUUAAUGUUGACAAAUGCAAAGUCAUGCACAUUGGGUCCCAAAAUAGUAACCACACAUACAUCAUGAAUGGGAGACCUCUGCAGGCGAUGCAGGAGGAAAAGGAUCUUGGAGUCACUAUCAGCAGUGACCUGAAACACGCGAAUCACUGUAAAAAAGCAUACAACAAAGCCAACACUAUGCUCGGGUUCAUAGCGAGGAACUUCGAGUGUAAAACACCAGACGUGAUGCUAUCCUUGUAUAAUUCCAUGGUAAGACCGCACCUCGAGUAUGCAGUACAGUUCUGGUCUCCUAAUUAGAGAAAGGACAUUGCUUUACUGGAAAGGAUUCAACGACGCGCCACAAAGAUGAUUCCAACCUUCAGGGCUCAACCGUACGAGGAACGACUCAAGCGACUCAAUCUCUUUACAUUGGAGAAAAGACGCCUACGAGGGGAUAUGAUUCAAGUCUUCAAGUAUCUGAAAAAGUUCAAUAACGUCGAUUACUCCAAAUUCUUUGAACUGCAAACCAACUCAAGAACUAGAAAUAACGGUUUACCCAUUCAGUCGAGUCGAUGUAACACAGACAUUGGAAGGAGUUUCUUUUCAAACCGAGUCACCCGCCACCGGAACAAUCUUCCCUCAGAAGUAGUAAAUGCGAAUACCAUCAACUCCUUCAAAUAUAGAAUCGACCGUCAUUUCGCUGCGUCGGGAGUAAACUGAAUAACGAGGGGCUUUCAUCUGCUCCUCAAUAUCGAGGUGCUUUCGUCUGCUCCUCAGUAUCGAGGUGCUUUCAUCUGCUCAUCAAUAUCGAGGUGCUUUCAUCUGCUCAUCAAGCCCCAAGUGGCGGUCGAGCAGAUUAAAUCACCAAAGCGGGCGACCUCGUAAUGAGCCAAUAGACUUUCUGUUGCCUGGAUUUCCAUGUUUCCAUGUUUCAUUCAUACGUAAACAUAAUUUAUCUACCACAACUACUACUACUAUAACUUUUAUAUACUACAACUAAUUGAAUGUAUGAAAUAGAUUAUAUAAAGAACCAGG